GUAACUUAAUUCCCACCCCCAACUCUUAAACCCUUCCUUUCCAACUUCCAUGAAUGCCCAUUGUUCUAGCUUUUGCUCCUACGCGCAUGGUUCGUCGCCCAGCUCCCGCGCUCCCCGCCAACCUUCUGGGCUCAAACGUCAACCAUUUCUUCUCCUCGCGGCGAUGCCCUUAUGCUCAGACUCUGUAAUUAGGUUCUGCAGGCGUGGCCUUCGCACAUACUCUUCAGUCAUUUUCCCCAAACUUGCUUCUUUCUCUUCUUCCUCUUGUGCGCUGCAAAAAAUCGAUGGUGGUGGGGAAGUCGAGUCGACCGUCAGUUCCAGUUACGACGACUUGCAGCGUGGAAUGCGAGGCCACGCUGCUUCAGGCGACCUCCGGCAAGCUCUGUGGACUUGGAAUUUGAUGAGGAACUUCCCCGGUAAGCCAACAGUUAAUGAUUUCAAUGCUUUGGUGCACAGUUAUUUGAAGUGUGGGAAUCGUUUCUCCGAUGUUUUGCUGGAAGUUUGUCUCCGAAUGAUGGAAAGCUCUGAGAUAGCACCGAAUGCCAUUACUUUUAAUUUGAUUGUUAAUGGCCUGGUGGCAGUUGGGAAUUUCAGAGCUGCGUUCUUUGUUCUGGGGCAGAUGUUUACCAGUGGGUUCCUACCAUCGUUUACACUUUUGUCCAGGUGGUUGAAGAAAUGUAUUGAAUCGAAUAGUUUAACGGAUUCCCUAGGUGUUUUUGAUGUUAUGUUGAUGAUGGACUAUGUCCCUACGGAACCAUCUGUCAAUAUGUUGAUUUGUAUGCUUAGCAAGAAUGGAAUGAUAAAGGCAGCAUAUUACGUGUUCUCCUCCCUUCUUGCUAAAGGUUGCUUUUUUGGGGUGUACACUUUGAAUCCGAUUCUUUGGACGCUGUGUAAGUCUGGUAAGACAUAUACUGCUCUGCAGCUGUUUUACUUGAUGAAGAAAACGGGUCUUGGACUAGAUGUAUGCUCUUAUACUGCUUUGGUUUAUGGCUUUUGUAAAGAAGGGUUGUGGGAAGAUGCUUGGUGGUUUGUUGAUGAAAUGCAAGAUAGUGGGUUGAAGCCUAGUCUCGUUACAUACACUGUGUUGGUUAAGUUCCUUUGUGUAAAUGGGAGGGUAGAAGAGGCAUUGAGGUAUCCGAGUUUAAUGGAGACGGAAGGAUGCAGUCCAGACUUGCUAGUGUAUAAUAUAAUUCUUCAAGAACUCUCUCACCUGGAUAGAGUGUUUGACAUUACUGUGCUCCUAGAUAUGAUUGUAUCUAAAGGAUACUCUCCUGAUGCUUACACCGUAGCUGUGCUAGGAGGAGGCCUUUUAAAAGCGGGAAGAGUUGGUGACUGUGUUGGAUUUUUGCUGGAUACCAUUUCAGAGGGCUAUCCUAUUGAUGUUGCCGUUUACAAUAUCUAUCUCCAGUGCUUAUGUAGCCAGAACAGAACAGCUGAAGCAUUGUCUUUGUUAGAAAGAAUGACUGGUGCAGGUUUCAUUCCGAGCAAUGUGUCGUAUAAUAUCAUUCUUAAUGGGUUUUGUAGGGAAAACAAAUUUAACAAGGCUGUGACACUCUUGAGCCAAUUCUUGCCUGAUGUAGUCUCUUUUAAUACAAUUUUGUCUUGGGCUUGCAGACAGAGGAGUUCUGAGAUUGUCGAAUGGAUCUUGUGUCGUAUGCAGAAUGAAGGUAUUACCCAUGAUGUCUUCACAUCAACUUGCCUCAUUCGAUAUUCAUGCAGAGUUGGAAAGGUUUCAGAAUGUUUGAAGCUUUUGGAUAACAUGUUGCUCAAUGGCCCUAAACCAACCAUAGUUACUUUUAAUGUGGCACUGCAUGAGCUUUGCAAGAGUGGUUCGCGUGAAAUAGCUUCCCGAGUCUUUGAAAAGUUCAGCAAUUCUGGAUUUCUGCCCAAUGCUGCCUCGUAUGAUAUUAUGUCGCGAGCUUAUGCCAGGACGCAUGCAACUUUUGCACCUGUUUCAUUUGUAAAGGGGUAUGGAUGA